AUGGAAAAGGUAAUUGCCAAAAGACUCAUGUGGUUCAUAGAAUCAAAAAACCUUACUAGUCCCAAUCAAGUUGCCUUCAAGAGAAACAAAGGCUGCUCCGACGCCCUACUUCACAUCGACUACUACAUCACUAAAGCUCUAUCGGCUCGUAACCAUGUGACCAUCUUGUCCUUAGACUUUGAAAAGGCUUUUGACAGAAUCGGUAUUCAUCAAAUUCUAGAUAAAAUUAAAUCUUGGGGAAUUGGCCCCAAAAUCUUUAACUAUGUCAAGUCAUUUUUGUCUAAUAGAAAAAUCUGUGUUAAGUCAAAUAAUUGUUUUUCAGAAUCGUAUGCCCUACAAAAUGGAAUCCCCCAAGGAUCUCCAUUAUCAGUCGUGCUAUUUCUAAUUGCCUUCGACGACAUUAGUUCUAUACUAGCCAAAUACUCCCAAUUAGACCACUGCAUCUACGCCGACGAUGUAUACAUCCUAUGUAGGCACAACAGCCUCGUAGAACAGCAAAAUCUCUUUUCUAAUGUUCUAACAGACAUUUUGACUUGGUCCGUCACCUCAGGGGCCAAAUUAUCCGUAGAUAAAUGUAAGACAAUGCAUGUAUGUCGUAAAAAUUCUUGCACAGAUGUAUCUUUCAAUUUUAAUAAUAUAACUAUUGAAAAUGUAAAUAAUCUAAGUAUUCUAGGAAUUUACUUUAACAAUAAGUAUAAUUUUAAGACCCAUUGUACUGAACUUAAGAAGAGCCUAGCUGCUAGGGUAAACAUAGUAAACUACUUAUCUAGUAAAAAAUCUUUUGCACAUAUAAACACACUUUGUAAUAUAACUAGAUCUUUAGUCUUAAGUAAGAUAGAUUAUGGCCUUCUCAUCUACGGUAACUCUCCUAAAUCAACGAUAAACACCAUCAAAGCUCCUUAUCAUCAAGCCGCCCGCAGAAGCAUAAAUGCUUUCCCAACAACCCCAAUACGUAACAUAUUGGCAGAAGCAGGUCUCCCACUACUAGAAGAACGUAUUCUUGAGACCAAAGCAAAGCUUUAUAUCAAACUAGCAUUCAAUCAAGGAUCCAUCAUCGAUGAAGAUGUUAAAGCCAUAAGAAAAUCUAUAUGUAUAAAACGAAUUCCAUCAGCUAUCUCCACAGCAAUAACAACUGGCAAGUCAAUGGAAUUACCUGUUAUAAAAUACCAAAAAUACUCUCCAGCAUUUCCCCCAUGGAACAUCGAAGUCUCCUCACUUAUCAUGGAUAUAGCAGAACAUGCGAAAAACAACACAUCCCCUAAUAUAUUUCGCUCACUGUUUCACGAUAUUAGCGACCCUCUUAGGUCCAAAGGCUGGCAAAUGGUUUUCACAGACGGUUCCAAAAUCCAACAUAGUACAUCCUUCGCCUCAACUUAUGAAGAUGGUUCUCUUUUGGCUAUAGGAAUACUGGACAAUUCUGCUUCUAUUUUCACCGCCGAAGCAAUAGCAAUCCUCAACACAGCAGCAAUAACAUCAAAAUUACGUGGCAGUUUUGUGAUAUGUUCUGACAGUUUAGCAGUUUUAAAAGCGAUACAAAAUCCUAACAAUACCACCAAUAUAAUAAGCAAAAUAAGAGACCACCUUAUUAGAUUCUCUUCAAAAAUAAAGCUUAUGUGGAUUCCUGGACACACUGGCAUUCCAGGUAACGAACAUGCAGAUAAAGCGGCUAAUGCUGCCCACCUCUCCCCAGUAUAUGUCACUCCUACACUGACAAAACAGGACUUAUUGCGUGAAGUUAACCGAAAAGUUAAAGAACACAAACUCAACGACUGGCACAACUACCAACACUUCUACAAACUUAACAAUAUUGAUAAAUCUCGACCGCUCUACCCUACCUCUACCUCAAAGCAGAUGAAUACUACCCUAGUUAGACUACGACUCGGACACACAACACUGACUCAUCAACACCUGUUAAAAAAAGAAAAUCCUCCAAUUUGUGAUGCCUGCCAAGCACCGCUUGAUAUUCAUCACAUCCUGGGAAUCGGAGCAUGUAAAUCCCUGACAUCUAACUCCAGCGUAACCAACACAACUUCCUCAGCAGCAGAGAUUCUAGGAAAUCUAGACCCAGAAAAUAUCCGAAAAAUUCACACCUUUAUAAAACAACAUAAAUUUAAAAUUUAA